AUGAGGAAGGCUGGGCUCUGGGGGCUGCUGUGGACAUUCCUUGUCUUAGAAGCUAGAGCUGCCACUGACCCAGCCGAAGAAAGGUAUAACCGAGUCGAGGGACAGACCUUGGCGGUGAGCUGUCCCUUCAACAUCAGGAAGUAUGCCAGCAGUCAGAAGGCUUGGCAGAGGCUGCAGGACGGAAAGGAGCCCUUGACAUUGGUGGUCACAGAGAGGCCAUCUGCAAAUCCCAGUGAGGUCCACGUGGGGAAGUACACACUGAAAGAUGACCCUGGGGAGGCCAUGUUGCAUGUCCAAAUGACUGAUCUUCGAGUGGCAGACUCUGGAUUGUACCGCUGCGUGAUUUACCACCCUCCUAAUGACCCUGUUCUGCUCUUCCAUCCUGUCCGCCUGGUGGUGACCAAGGAUUCUUCAGAUCCAUCCACUUCUGGCAUCACAACUACUAUAAGCCCAACUACAUUUCCCAUCCCGAUUACCACAAAAUACCAGCGCAGAGACAGGACUAUGACCCCAUCCACAGCUGUUGUCUCUUCUCCUGACCCUGAAGUCACCUACCCAAACAUGCCAGAUGUUCCCAGGGUCUCCAUAUUCAGCAUCGUUGUUCCUGUGGUCUGUGGACUCUUCAGUAAGACCCUUAUCUUCACUGUCUUGUUUGCUGUCACACAGAGGUCAUUUGAAUGA